GCAGCAGCCGCCUUCCCAUGGACUCACUGCAAAUGGCCCACUCGGGCCCUCGGAAGAAGAGACCCAGGCAGAUGGGUGCCUCGGUGGCUUCUCCUCCUCAGGACGUCAAGUUCCGAGAUUUGGUCCUCUUCAUUCUGGAGAAGAAAAUGGGAACCACCCGCAGAGCCUUCCUCAUGGAGCUGGCUCGAAGGAAAGGAUUCAGGGUGGAGCAGGAGCUCAGUGAUUCUGUCACCCACAUUGUGGCAGAAAACAACUCAGGUUCCGAUGUCCUGGAGUGGCUGCAGGUGCAGAAGGUAAGAGCCAGCUCACAGCCAGAACUCCUCGACGUCUCCUGGCUGAUAGAAUGUAUGAGCGCAGGAAAGCCAGUGGCGACGACAGGACAACACCAGCUUGUCGUGAGAAGAGACUAUUCGGGUGGCCCCAACCCAGAGCCCCAGGAGACUCCACCACUUGCUGGAAGAAAGAUCUCUCCAUACGCGUGUCAGAGAAGAACCACUUUAAACAACCGUAACCACAUAUUCACGGAUGCCUUUGAGGUCCUGGCGGAAAAUUGUGAGUUUAGAGAAAACGAAGGCUCCUAUCUGGCAUUCAUGAGAGCGGCUUCUGUACUUAAGUCACUGCCAUUCACCAUCACCAGUAUGAAGGACACAGAAGGAAUUCCCUGCUUGGGGGACAAAGUGAAGAGUAUCAUAGAGGAGAUUAUUGAAGAUGGAGAAAGUUCUGAAGUUAAAGCUGUGUUAAAUGAUGAGCGAUAUCAGUCCUUCAAACUCUUUACUUCUGUAUUCGGGGUGGGACUGAAGACAUCUGAGAAAUGGUUCCGGAUGGGUUUCAGGACCCUGAGUAAAAUAAGGUCGGACAAAACCCUGAAGUUCACACGAAUGCAGAAAGCAGGAUUCCUCUAUUAUGAAGACCUGGUCAGCUGUGUGACCAAGGCCGAAGCGGAGGCUGUGGGCGUGCUGGUUAAAGAGGCCGUCUGGGCAUUUCUCCCGGAUGCCUUCGUCACCGUGACAGGAGGGUUCCGGAGGGGUAAGAAGAUUGGGCAUGACGUAGAUUUCUUAAUUACCAGCCCAGGAUCAACAGAGGAAGAAGAACAACAGCUUUUAUCUAAAGUGAUAAACUUAUGGGAAAGGAAGGGAUUACUUUUAUACUAUGACCUUGUAGAGUCAACAUUUGAAAAGUUCAAGUUGCCUAGCAGGAAGGUGGAUGCUUUGGAUCACUUCCAAAAAUGCUUCCUGAUUUUAAAAUUGCACCAUCAGAGAGUAGACGGUGGCAAGUCCAGCCAGCAGGAAGGAAAAACCUGGAAGGCCAUCCGUGUGGACCUGGUCAUGUGCCCCUACGAGCGCCGGGCCUUCGCUCUGCUGGGCUGGACCGGCUCCCGGCAAUUUGAGAGAGACCUCCGGCGCUAUGCCACACACGAGCGGAAGAUGAUGCUGGAUAACCAUGCUCUGUACGACAAGACCAAGAGGAUAUUUCUCGAAGCAGAAAGUGAAGAAGACAUUUUUGCACACCUGGGACUGGAUUACAUUGAUCCAUGGGAAAGAAAUGCCUAGCAAAUUUUGUUGACAUUUUAAAAAAAAAGUUUCAGGUUAAAUAAAUACGCUUCAUAUUAUAGUUAACGAUGCCUUGGGAAAGUUGGGGGUUUUUAAGUCUCACUGAAAUGCAGAUUGUUUCCAGCAGUAAAUAG